CUCUGUUAUUCUUAAGAAGUGUUUAACUGCUCAAGCCUCGUCUUCAUUUUUUUUUCUCUCUCUCUCUUCCUCCAUGGUUGUUGUGUCACCAAAAAUGGCCAACGGUACACCCAAUGGUUCCGUGUCACCCAAUAACCACGUAGAGGCAGUGCUUUCAAGUCCAGCAAACAAAGUUGAUCAAAACCAAAUCCUAGUCACCGAAGACAACAACAGCAUUGACUAUUUACGAAGGGCACAGUGGCUUCGUGCAGCUGUUUUAGGAGCCAAUGAUGGGUUGGUUUCGGUUGCUUCAUUGAUGAUGGGUGUAGGAGCUGUUAAAAGAGAUGCAAAGGCUAUGCUACUUAGUGGUUUUGCAGGGUUAGUUGCAGGGGCUUGUGGCAUGGCAAUAGGAGAGUUUGUUGCUGUGUACACUCAAUUAGAUGUGGAGGUUGGUCAAAUGAAGAGAGACAUGAAUAUGAGGAGUGUGGGAGGGGAGAGAGACUUGGAGAUGGAGAUGGAGAAAAAAACAUUGCCUAAUCCAUUUCAUGCUACUUUGGCUUCUGCAUUGUCCUUUUCUAUAGGUGCAAUGGUGCCUCUACUUUCAGCUGCUUUCAUAGCAGAUUACAAGAAGAGGGUUAUUGUGGUUGUGGUAAUGGCUAGCUUGGCUUUGGUGGUGUUUGGAAAGGUGGUGGCUCACCUAGGGAAAACUCAUUCGGUAAAGUUCUGUAUAAGGUUCCUUCUUGGGGGGUGGAUAGCCAUGUCCAUCACUUUUGGGUUAACCAAAUUGCUGGGUGCCAGUGCUUUAGAAUAACAUAAUGAAUAAUCAUAUAGCAUUGUGUUUUAUUAAUAAGAUGGUUAAUUAGUUAGUAGUAUUACUGUCAUGUCAGAAGAACCUUACUGCUGGCUUUGUGUUCUCAAUUCUAUAGUUACACUUCUUGUUGGAAAAUUAAAAGAGAUUCAUCUCUCACCAAUAAAUGAUAUAAAAAUACAAAUUC